CAGAGUUACCAAGAAGAGCUGGAAACACCUGAUGGUAUCUUUGGGACAAUCCGCUCCAUAUUACUGCCCUCUUUACUGUCGCAAGAUAAAUCUACCUCCAGGCUUCAUCACUGUCGAAGUUUUUUUGUGUUGUUUUCUCUUCUGAAAAAAGUUACAGAGCCAGCUGAACUCUCUCCUUCUCCCUCUCUCUCUAUCUCUCUGCAUCCAAAGAAUUACCGAUAAGGAGACAUUGCACUAUUAUUUUGUGUUGUUUCUAUUUAUUGUAUUUUUGCACUAACGAUGCACACCACGCAAAAGGACACGACCUACACGAAGAUUUUUGUCGGGGGGCUUCCCUACCACACCACGGACUCAAGUCUCAGGAAAUAUUUUGAGGUUUUUGGUGAGAUUGAAGAAGCGGUGGUCAUCACUGACAGGCAGACCGGCAAGUCUAGAGGUUAUGGAUUUGUGACGAUGGCCGACCGCUCGGCCGCAGAUCGGGCCUGCAAGGACCCCAACCCAAUCAUCGACGGCAGGAAGGCCAAUGUCAACCUGGCCUACCUGGGGGCCAAACCUCGGGUGAUGCAGCCAGGUUUUACCUUUGGUGUUCCCCAAAUUCACCCUGCGUUCAUCCAAAGGCCUUAUGGCAUCCCGGCCCACUACGUGUACCCUCAGGCCUUCGUUCAGCCUAGCAUGGUCAUCCCUCACGUGCAGCCUGCCGCUGCUGCACCUGCCACCGCCUCCUCCCCGUACAUCGACUACACCGGAGCUGCCUAUGCACAGUAUUCAGCAGCCGCAGCCAGCGCCGCCGCCGCCGCAUACGAGCAGUAUCCUUACGCCGCCUCCCCUGCUGCCACGGGCUACGUGACCACAGCAGGCUACGGCUACGCGGUCCAGCAGCCUUUAGCCACCACCGCCCCGGGCUCGGCCGCCGCCGCAGCCGCAGCCUUCGGCCAGUACCAGCCUCAGCAGUUGCAGGCCGACCGCAUGCAGUAGCAGCCACUGCAACCACUGGACUUGCAGAGAGAGGAGGCCCGACCCCGGCCACAGCUGAUUUACUACAAGGAGCGAAGGAAAAGGAAGAGGGAGUUGCCUUAAGAGUGUGACGUGUCAGCAACUCAGAGGCAGAGUUGCUUUAAAAAGGUGGUGAUGGUGGUGGUGAUGAUGGUGGUGAUGAUGAUGGUGGUGAGGUGGGAACUUUUUACAGUAACUUUCCAACUUGCUGUGCUUCAACCAAAAAAAACAAAAAGCAGAAAAUGAAAAAAAGUCGCAGAACAAAUAAUGAAAACGGUUUAUUAUUGUUAUUGUUAUUACUAUGAUCAUUAUUAUCAUUACUAUUAUCGUUGUAGUAGAGUACUUAUUUCUAGAGAGAAGAUCCAGGAACUAAUCCCUGUGGUUGGUAUAGGUGUUCAACUAAGCCUUCAAGUCCUAUUGCUGUCUUUAACGUUAGUUUAGGAAAAUGCUCUCUUUUUUUUUUUUUUUUUUCCACUUGUCGUGUUCCACAAGUGUUUUCAGUUAUUUAAUGCCCUCAUAACAUUUAUAUUUAUUACUGUCAUGAUUACACAAUGAGGGCUCUGCUUGUUCUUUUUUGUCUUUUCAAGUGCAUUUUUUGGAGUUAAUAUUUUCUGAUAAUCAGGGAAAUGGAACCGUUUCCAAUGUGUUAGCUAUUAUUAUUAUUAUUAUUAUUAUGUGACCUCUGUCAGGAAGUCGAGGAGUCGGAACUUGUCGUGUCACACACAUUUGAAGAACUACUUUUUUCUUUUUUCUUUUUUUUUUUUUAAAUCUUCCUGAUGCUGAAUGUCCCUUUUUUUUUUUUUUUUUACUCUGUGUCUCGACCUCUUGACCUAUGCAAAGCAAACAAAUCACCAUGAGACGAAAAAAAAAACAACAACAAACAAAAAGACAGAAAAAAAAAAAACUGAAAAUGUCAUCAACUCUGACUCGACUCUUGGACUAAAAGGGGAACUUGGCAAACAAAACAAAGGCACUGACAAAAGGAGGGAGGUUGAAAACGGCCUCAGACAAUGAGAAACACUAAAUCUGUUGCUUUUCCACAUUUCGCUCACACGUACACUGACGCAUACAUCCAGAGUUGCACACAUAGCAGUCGGAAGACAAAGGCAGCACAGUGGCAUUUUCUCUCUUCUGGAGAGAGAAAGGGGGAAAGAAAAAAAAAAAAGAGAGAGAGAGAGAGAGAGAGCAGCUGCUGGUGGGGGUUGGACAGAGCCGCUCCAGCGCCGCACAGACGGAUCACUCUGGAAAGAACGCAUCACUUGUGCUCGUUUGUUGAGCUGUCACAUUUUAAUCCCCGGCCGAGCCCAUUGGGAACCGACUUUACACCCCCUUCCACCCGCCGCGGAGCCCCCCGCCGCUCUGCCGCUGUCAGCAUUUCCACCUCUGUUGCUGCUGCAGUCUGGCGUCAGGUACAAACACUUCAACCAAAGCCACCCUGACAACUGGCCUGCCUCAUGUCUGUCAAGAACACCAGGUGGGGAGGUGGAGAGAGAACAGGGGCUUGUCUCCUCUUUGACUUUACGUUGGUCCGUGUGCCUUACAUUUUUACUGCUAUUUAAGAGAAGAAGAAGAAAAAAAAAAACUGAAAAAAGAGAGAAAUCUACUAUUUAAGAUAUUUAUUUUUGAGGGUUGACUAUGUUGACGAGAGUAGAGACUUAGUGGCGGUACUGUAUUAAUAAUAUUAUUAUGUACUCAUCUCAAGGCAUAUAUAAGUUAUUGAUUAGUUUUAUUAUUAUUAUUAUUAUGAUUACAACUAUUAUUAUUAUUAACAUACUCAACCAAAAAUGUUGAUGUAGGAGUUAUUUAAAAUACUGUUACGUGCACUGUACUUUUAUUUUUUAUCUUUUUGAUUCUUUAGAACAUUAAAUAUUAGCUUAAUGCCUUUUGUAUGGAAGAACUUUAUUUAAAUGCAGACCUGUUUGCAUGCAGAUUGUACUCUGCCUCUUCUGUGUUUAGAUAAGAGGAGAAAAAAAAAUAACCAUAACUUUGACAAAAACAAGCAAAAAUGCUGCUUUUUUCUCUACUAGAAUGUAUAGUCGUUGUCGAGGUUUCAGUAGCUGUGCUUCUUUUGCUUAAUAUUCAUCAGAUGGGCUAUUUUACACUGUUGGGAAUUUUUAUACUUGAACUCUUUCUUACAAGGGAAAUAUGAAAAAUAAAUGACAAAAAAAAACUUUUUAAAGGAGCUUUUCAUUGUCACUGGAUGAAGGCAUGUAAAGUGUUACUAUUUAAAUGCAAAGGUCCUGUUGAUAUUAAAACCUUUACUUCAGAAUUUCAACACCAUUUACUCAAAUUGGAAUAAAAUGUUCUAUAUUUAAAAAAAAAAAAAAAA